UAAUAAUGCUAUCGGCUGUGCAUCAGAUUUUUGGCAUGGUGCUGAUUGUGGCGUUAGCAUCAGCUUCCAGAUUUUUCGAUAAACCCCGUUACGGUUUGUUACGACAAGCGAAUACUACAGAUGUCACAUACACAGACGUCCAGCCUUGCGAGGUAGGCGGUCCAAUAACCAUCUGCAUCAGCUGCCAGAAGUACAAAGUAUGCACAGGGCAACCGGAAGAUGACACCGACUCGAUGGAACCAUGCCCUGACGCCACGCCAUACUGUGAAGCGGCUACCGGAAGUUGCUCCGCAAGUCCCGAUAACAGUGUCGUGCAGUGUUCGUCGGACACGAGCAACAAUACAACAACCAGCUCGUUCAAGUGCACGGGAGAGGGUAAAUUUCCGGAUCCGUUAAGUUGCGCCAAGUUCUACUACUGUGCUGCGAGCGGUGUGGAUGGAGUGUCGAAUGACUGUCCACCGAACUACAGCUACAAUGUCACUUCCCAAGAGUGCCAGCUAGCGGCAGGCGGUUGCCAAGUCGUCGACUGUUCUUCGCAGUACGUUCUCGUGGAGUAUCCAACGGAUCCCCAGUACUUCUAUUACUGCAAAACGAGCUCGGCGCAGUCCGAGGUUUUCUUGUUCUCCUGCGGGUCCGGUUCCAAGUUCGAUGUGUGCAGUGAGCAGUGCGUGUUCGAGUGCACUACGGAAGGGCUGUUUGCCAAAGCUUCGAAUCCGAACAGCUAUUAUCAAUGCUACAGCGAGGAUGGAACGUUGAAGUAUAUCGAGAGAUCGUGCCCCGUGGGGGGUCAGGUUUUUGACGAAACGCUGCAGUUCUGUAUUUUUCAGUGA